CAUCGCUGCCCGCCGGAAGCUGCGGCCCGCCGGAAGCCACGGCGCUGGCGCGCUUCCGGCCGCGGGGCAGGGCGGGACGGCAGGUCCUGCAAGGGGGGUGGAGGGAGCUCGCCGCAGGCUGGGCGGCCCGGCCUCACGCGGGCGCCGGGACGCGGCGCGGCCACCAAACGGCCAGGACCUGCGGCGGGUGGGCCGCCCGCGGGCGCCGCUGCCAUGGUGCCGCUGCCUGCGCGCCGCGCGCUCGUCGCCGCCGCCCUGGGUGCCGCCGGCCGCCGCCGGUUCCCCUGUCACGCUGGCAACGGCCGCCUCCCCCCCUCCGCCUCCCUUCCUCUCCCGGCGACAGCGCGGCCCUCCUCGGGCGCGGGGGGCGAGGCGGGGGCCGAGGGGCCCAACCGGGGCUCCGCCAUGCUGCGGCACCUGCUGCUCAAGCUGCGGGCCACCGGGCCGGUGACGGUGGCCGAGUACAUGCGGGAGGCGCUCACCAACCCGGGCCAGGGUUACUACACGCGGCGCGGCGGCAUCGGCGACAGCGGGGACUUCGUCACCUCCCCCGAGAUCAGCCAGGCCUUCGGGGAGUUAAUAGGAAUAUGGUGUGUCAGUGAAUGGAUAGCCGCAGGCAAACCUAAAGCGUUCCAGCUGGUGGAACUGGGCCCGGGGAGGGGCACUCUUGCUGAUGAUAUGUUACGGGUCUUCAACCAGCUUGCAUCUUUGCUUAGUAAAUGUGAUGUCUCUAUUCAUCUGGUAGAAGUGAGUCCCAAACUCAGUGAGAUCCAAGCGCUAAUGCUGACGGGAGGGAAGGCACAGUCAAACCCCGAGGACAAGUCUGCUUACAUGAAGGGCGUUAGCAAGACUGGGAUUCCCAUUUUCUGGUACAGAGACAUUCAAGAUGUGCCGUCAGGUUACAGCUUUUACCUAGCACAUGAGUUUUUUGAUGCCCUGCCAAUACAUAAGUUUCAGAGAACAGAGAAAGGCUGGCGUGAAGUGUUGGUUGAUGUAGAUCCAGAAGUUCCUGACCAGCUGCGGUUUGUCUUGUCACCAUCCAGUACCCCUGCAACAGAAAACUUUAUUCAGCCUGAAGAAACGAGGGAUCAUGUGGAAGUGUGUCCUGAGGCUGGUGUCAUCAUUCAGAGACUUGCCUGUCGUAUAGAAAAGGACGGCGGGGCUGCACUGAUCGCCGAUUAUGGUCAUGAUGGAACCAAAACUGACACUUUCCGGGGUUUCCGGAAUCACAAACUUCACGAUGUGCUGAAAGCUCCAGGUACAGCUGACCUGACAGCAGAUGUUGAUUUCAGCUAUCUUCGAAAGAUGACACAGGGAAGAACAGCCACAUUGGGCCCCAUUAAACAGCGGGAGUUUUUAAAAAACAUGGGCAUUGACCUCCGAUUCCAGGUCCUCUUGCAGAAUUCACGUGACACAGCAACUCAUGAACAGUUACUUCACAGCUAUGAUAUGCUGAUGAAUCCCAAGAAGAUGGGGGACUGUUUUAACUUUUUUGCCCUGCUGCCUCACCACAGGCUUGCACAGCCUGACAAGAAAUAUAAGCCAGAUUCAAAGUCUCCCUUACCGCCUGUUGCUGGAUUUGAUGAACUCUUACUGAAAUAAUUACAAAUACUGUAGCAAAAUGUCUGAUAAUAGUAGCUUUCAAUAGCAGCCUAUUAAAUAAAAAACAAGUAAAAGGAA